AUGCAUGGCUCUCCGGAAAGCGUUUGGAACCAUUCUGACUUACACCUUGACGAGGCCAGUUUAUCAUUGACACCACGUCGAAUUCGACAUGUUUCGUCGAUUCAAGUCCGCAAUUUAACGCCUUUCCCUGUCCGCGAUGCCUUUGCUUCUGCUCUGAAGCAGCCUUCAGAACAGCCGCAAUUCACUUCUCAUGGUCAUUUAACCGACGACCUCGACGUCACGAUAGGUCGCAAACACGGAAGGAGGUUUUCGACUGCAUCUAGCACUACCUUGUCGUCCGUGAGAAUUGAAGCAGAGGUAGGGCAGCAUGAGACAGACCAUACUACCGAGUUCGGCGUCAGAAAGAGGACGACUUCGAGGGCGAGUAUGUCCAGUGGACUGAGCUCUCCUUCUAGCCCCUCGCUUGGAAGACGAUACUCUGUGACUGCAGCAGUGCCGACGGUGCGACCGUUCCACCGUCCACGCACGAUAUCUGUCGCAUCUUCGGCUGCGCGUGCGAGCUUCACCUCUCCAGCCAUUUCAGGUGAGCCAGGGACUUCCAAAUCUGCUAGCUUUUCCGGACUGUUGCGAGAUACUUCGCAAACCGGCUUGGAAAAGGUCUUGCAGUCCCGCCUUGUCGAGACUUUCAUCACCAUCCGUCUUCCGACCGCUCCGGUUGCACAUGCGUUGGAUGGUGCACAUCAAGGACAAGCCGAUCAUCAUGAAAACUUUUCCUCUAGAUCGCCCACACCAAGUUUGAAGUCGUCGUCAAGUCGAGAACGGGUUGCAUGCCCGACUCGCAAACCGGAUUCGGCGGCGCUCCGACGAAAUACCGUCUCCGCUUCGUCAAGCUCGCUAUCUCCGAGUAAACGGAGUGUAACUCUGUCUUCAUCGAACCUGCGGAAUGGCGCAUCCAGCUCUCACUCGAAGGCUUCAUCUGUAUCAUUUCCGAACGGGAGGGCGCUCAAGACACCGUCUUCGCCACCGUCGCAAAGACAGCGUUCUCCCAUCCCACCUCCCCUUACCUCACUUCUACCGAAGACCGAACACUCACGGUUACCGGGCUAUGCUCUAUCCUCACAAGAGCACGCGUGGCCCGCACCGGACUAUCUUUCUCCCAUCCAUAGACCUUCCACCAACCCAUAUUUUCAGCUCGAUGCGCGAUCUGGUUUUGAAUUUGCCUCAAGCGCAGAUGUCAGUGGGACGAGGAUGCAUAUAGAGGUAUGGGGACGUGUCGGGAGUGGGCCUGGAUGGUCAUCUGCUCAAACGGGAACGAACGACGAGUGUUCCGGCAGAGAGCGACGAGGUAAGAACAAAGAGCGGGUGGCCGAAAGUAGUCCGGUCAAGGCACACAGAGGGUCAACACCACUGAAGCCAUCGGAUGUCAAGGGAAAGGGAAGGGAGAAGGAGAGAGAGGGUGAACUGUCAGAGUGGAAAGUGUUGGAGGGGUGGGACUUUGAACUGGAUAACCUAGUUCCCCUACCCGAGGAUUUCGUGGCCCACCCGUCACACCUUCCAUCCAAUACCCUUCUUGUCACUCUUUCACCCCCAGGCCAGACGUUCUACCUUCCUGCGCCUUCACUGAAUAAGGGCAUACCGUCUCCGCUGCCUACGUCUUCUACUGGUUACAAUUCCGAUCCAGAAACUGAUGUUCGGAAUAUUGCGAGUGCCGGAGGUAUCAUAACUUCCGACGAGACAGCGAGGAGGUUGGUAGAGAAGAUGGAGCAAAAUAUACUUGUGAUAGAGGAGCCGAGCGUAUUUAGACGCAGGAGAGAAGUUCCCUCUGCUGGAUGGCAAGAUCUCCUGAAAGUCAUUAACCUUCAGACAUGCAUCAGUGACACACAGGAGUCACUUUCGGGCAUCGUGCGACCAAUCAACAGAUUGGUACUUAAGGGUGGUGCGAUUUAUGCAACCCGCGAAGUUUCCGAGCGCACGGCUUGGGUGGCUCAACUGAACGAGGAGACCCGAGCAGUAGAUACUGAAUCGGACAGAGCGAGGAACCGAAUCGCUGCUCUCAGGGAGGACCUCCGAAGUCGUCGGGAACUGCUUACAUUGGCUCGACAGUCACAUGCCCAGUUCACGAAGGAAGAGGCUGAGCGGGAAUUGGAGCUUGCAGAAGAAAGGGAAUGGCUGUCGUCCCUUCGAAGCAAUCUCAGUCCUAUGCGCAGCAUACUCAUCACGACGCUUGCGAACAUAUUUCCUAUUGAGCUUGUUUCGCCGCCAGAUCUGCUGUUCACUAUCCUUGACGUACCCCUGCCAAUACCACUCGCUGCCACAGAUCCGGCACCACCUCUAUCGCUCCUUUCACACAAAGAGGUGACGGAGGACGCGGUUGCAACUGCACUCGGGUUUGCCGCCCAGGUUGUGCAGUUACUUGCGGCAUACAUGGGCAAGGGCCUUGUGUAUCCUGUGACGUGUGUGGGGAGCAGGAGCCUCAUCAAAGAUGGCAUAUCUGCUAUGGUGGGGCCCAGAAUGUUUCCCCUGUUCUCGAGGAGUGUGGAUACAUACCGGUUCGAGUAUGGCGUUUUUCUGUUGAACAAAGAUAUUGAGAUGCUGAUGGGUGACCGGGAUUUACGAGCGCUUGAUAUGCGGCAUACUCUGCCUAACCUGAAAAAUCUUCUGCUGACGCUUACUGACAACGAGACAUCGCGUCUACCAUCGCGCCUAACAGUCGCAUCGUCGUCAGUCUCGAUUUCGUCCUUACAGUCGCCCAUCCUCACUCCGUCCACGCUGCCGUCCGAGACUGCAUCUCAGACACAGCCCGACGGCCUACCAUCUAUCAACACCACCGUUCCAGUCGCUGAGCACGACUCUCCACCCGCUAGCGGCUCCACCACCCCUACGACGUCUAUCCCGGAUACCGGUACCGCGCGUAAAUCCCGCGCAUUUAUCGACCUUGCACCAUUCACCGGCUUCCUUCGCUCGCGUUACCCAUCUACAACUAGACCGACCGUCAAGUCUGUGCCCGAGGCAUCGGAAGGCGCGCAAGACGCGUCUGGUAGUGCACCUCCCACAUCGAACGGAGAAGCACAGGCAGAGUCCGAGGCGACCGGGGAUGAUGAGGAUGACCGGAGGACCAUCCGACCUGGCCUCGUAGACGACGAGGGGAAGAUGGAGGUGGACGAGACUGUACGUCCUCCCGCGGCAGUGCCAGCUGUACGGACACACGGAGUCAAUUGA